GUUUCCCUUUGCGACCAUGGCUGCCUCCGCCGAAGCUCCCACUACCAUGGACGCAGUUGCAGUAUCCGAAGAAAAUCCGAAUACCGAACCAGAAACAUUGGCCGUGAAGGUCGACAAAAUCGUCGUCACAGAGGUUCAAGAAACCCUAGUUUCUACUGAAACACUGAUAGACUCGAAAGGUCUGGGAGGGGCAGAAUCUUCCUGCAGCUUUGUCGGAGCUUCUUCUACCUCGGGUGACGACGACACUCAGAAAACUUUAGAACAAGCUACCGAGCUUAUGGACACUGGAUCGAAGGCCCUAAAAGAUGGCGAUUACAUUGAAGCGGCUGAAUGUUUAAGCCGUGCCGUCGAAAUUAGGGUUGCACAUUAUGGUGAACUUGCUCCAGAAUGUGCUGAUGCCUACCAUAAAUAUGGAUGUGCUUUGCUGUACAAAGCCCAAGAAGAAGCUGAUCCUUUGGGUUCGAUGGCCAAGAAGGAGGUUGAUUCUCUACAAAAUAAUAAUGGCGAUGACACUACUAUGAUUGCAAAUGAUGGGGAAUCGUCCACCACUUCUGCUGUAAAUGAGGGAAAACAAGAUGGGGAUUCAAGUCUCAAUGAGGAAGAACAAGUCAAUGCUGCCGGUGAUAAGGAUCAGGUUGAAGAUGGUGAAGGGGAGAGUGAAGAUGAGGACCUGGCUGAAGUCGAUGAAGAUGAAUCUGACCUUGAUCUAGCAUGGAAGAUGUUGGAUAUUGCAAGGGCAAUUGUUGAAAAACGUCCUGAUGACACAAUGGAAAAAGUGGACAUAUUGUCAGCUCUGGCAGAGGUUGCUUUAGAAAGAGAGGAUAUUGAGACUUCCAUAAAUGACUAUCUUAAAGCACUCUCCAUGCUGGAACGCCUGGUUGAACCCGACAGUCGACAAAUUGCUGAACUAAAUUUCAGGAUAUGCUUGUGCCUGGAGGUUGGUUCAAAGGCUCAAGAAGCCAUUCCAUAUUGUCAGAAGGCCUUAUCAAUUUGCAAGGCUCGGCUGGAAAGACUCGUCAAUGAAGUUAAUGAACUAAAGAGCAAACAACAAUCAUCUGCUGGUUCUGAAGCUGAACCAACAAUCAUCUGCGGGGUCUCAGUCUCAGAUAAGGAAUCUGAGAUUGGGACACUGAAGGAACUCUCCAACGAGUUGGAAAGGAAGCUUGAAGACCUCCAACAGCUUGUCUUAACCCCAUCAUCUAUCUUUUCUGAAGUACUUAAAAUGGUUUCUGCAAAGGCAACCGGCAGCCAGAAGAGUUCACCUUCAACGGUAUUGAGCUCUUCGCAGAUGGGUUCUCUCCAGGAGAGCUUCGACUCUCCAACACUUUCAACAGGUCAUACAAAGGAGACUGUAAGUGUCACACAUCUUGGUGUGGUAGGAAGAGGCAUUAAACGGCCAUUGAUGAAUCCAGGCAGUGCAGAACCCAGCCCGUUGAAGAAGCCCUUACAGGAUUCAUCAGAAGAGAAAGGUGGUGCAGACCCCAUCCCAAUAGACAAGUCUACAUUGGAAUCCUCAGGAUCGAAAAGUGAUGCCAGCAUCUCUUGAAGGCAUAUGUGGUUCAGCAGCCAUUUUACUCUGCAGCCCCGGCAUGUAGUAGCAUUAGUCAAGUUGAGCAAGCUGGUAUGAAAACUAAAAGCAACUCUCUGGUGUAUGGAAAGUUUUUUAGGACUAAAUAACUGAUUGGUGUGAAACUCAUUACAACAUUACUUUUGGCUUUUGUCUGGUAAUCUGUCAGAAUCGUUUUUUGAUGUGGCUCUAUUUGUUUCGAUGUAAAAUGGCCAGAAGUAAAAUAUAGUAAGAAAAAUAUUUUACUUAUAAU